UUCAGUAAAUGUGUUUUAAUUUUAGAAACAAAGGAAAAAAGUCAUCGAUGUAGCAAAUACGUCUUUUUGGAAGAUUUCUUACCUGUGAAUGCGUUUUUUAUAUCCAAAUUCUUUGUGAUGUCGUAAUAUUUUAUCAAAAUUUUGUGCGUGCUGCGAACGAUUUGUAUUGUAGGCAUUGUUUUACUCUCUUUAAUGAGAGUUGAGUGGAAAACUAGUAUUAAUUGGAAAGCUAAUAUUUUGACAGGAAGCUACUAAACCCUUGGACAUACGUUAGUAGUGAAAUGUCCAAUGUAUCCUAAAAGGGUUAGGAUAAAGUCGAUAGAGCUCAAUGGCUGAGCGCCUCAGCCCUCGAAGCUCCGAGGUGAACGCCUUGGAACAACGAGGUUAUCUGAUCGGCAAGAAAAUCGGACAAGGAUCUUAUGCCACCGUCCACCUGGCGGAAUAUUGCGACGCAUCAAGUCCCAAGCGUAUGCACCUCGCCUGCAAGAUAUUUGAUAAAGAAAAGGCACCUCGAGAUUUUUUAGAAAAGUUUUUUCCUCGCGAGCUCGACAUAUUGACUAAAAUCGAAAACCCACAUAUAAUCCAAGUGCAUAGUAUAUUACAGCGAGGGCCGAGAGUGUUUAUAUUCAUGAGGUAUGCUGAUAACGGCGAUCUAUUGGAUUUUAUAAAGCGUAAUGGAGUAGUGCCAGAAAAUCAGGCGAAGUUGUGGUUUAGACAAAUGGCCAGCGGUUUACAGUACUUACAUAGUAAAAACAUUGCUCAUCGUGAUCUAAAAUGUGAAAACAUAUUAUUAUCCAGAAGAUUUAAUGUAAAGCUGGCUGAUUUUGGAUUUGCUAGAUUUUGCACGGACGGCGAAAACAGGCGAGUUCUUAGCCAAACAUAUUGCGGAUCAGCUGCGUACGCCGCGCCAGAGGUGGUGAGUGGUACACCCUACAACCCAAAACUUGCUGACGUUUGGUCUCUAGGAAUUAUUCUUUUCAUAAUGUUAAACGCUUCCAUGCCGUUUGAUGAUUCGAAUCUGCGCAAGUUACUUAAAGAUCAAAUGUCACGCAAUUGGGUAUUCAGGUCUCGGAUCCGAGACAGCGUAUCGGCCGCGGCUAAGUCUAUCGUGCGUCACAUUCUUGAACCUGACAUAACACUUCGACUAACCCUCGAUCGGGUGUUGUCGCACGAGUGGACUAGACCGCGCAAGGAUAAGAGCGCUAGUUUGAUGGGUCGGCUGGUGCAGUCCGCGCCGUCGGCACCUCACUCCCCGAGCAAGCGCGAGCACGACGAGGCAGGCACGUCGGCAGGCGCGCGCGUUUCGGGAGAUCACCGCGAGACUGAGCGGGAGCGACACGACGACAUCAACAUGCGUUCCCGAGAUUGAUACCUUCCAUAAAGCCCGUAAUGUUACGAAAAAGUGUUAUAUAAUCAAGAAUCCUUUCGACCUUUAAAAAUAGAAAAUUUACCUUAUUAUUUAGAUUUUUUUACAAUUAUUGGCGACGUAACUUUUGUUAGUUGUCAGUAGUAAUAAAAUUUUAUAUAAAAUUCCCAAAA